AUGACACCUUUCAUGAGCCUCGCCUUAUUUGUUGCCCUGUUCUUGCUCAACUCAGAUCGCAUUCAGAAAGCCAUUGAGAUAUGCAGCGAAUGUUUGAUUUUGCUAAAUGGCACCGAUCAAAACAGCAAAGACCAAUUUGAUUCAGCACUGUUACAAUUUUACAGCGACAUCUAUACCGUUCUUUUCAGCGCUUAUCGUCAUAUCUCUGACUACAUAAGUGCGGAAAGAUACGGAAGGAAACUGUUUGACUUAUACAGAGGGUAUGGAAUUAUGCUUUAUAAACUUGGCGAAAGCCUAAAGGCAAAGGAAUAUUUUGAGAGGGCCCUUGCCAUAACAACCAAAAUUGGCGACAGAGAAGAGGAAGCAUCAUGUUAUGGAGACCUAGGUACUGUGUUUCUGUCCGUUGGCCAAUACGACAAGAGUGAAGAGUAUCUCCAAAAAGCGCUUGUCAUCAGAACUGAAAUUGGCGACAGACGAGGGGAAGCAUCAUGUUAUGGAAACCUAGGUACUGUGUUUCUGUCCGUUGGCCAAUACGACAAGGCUGAAGAGUAUCUCCAAAAAGCGCUUGUCAUCAGAACUGAAAUUGGCGACAGAGAAGGGGAGGCAACUGACUACGGAAACCUGGGUACUGUGUUUCUGUCCGUUGGCCAAUACGACAAGGCUGAAGAGUAUCUCCAAAAAGCGCUUGUCAUCACAACUGAAAUUGGCGACAGACGAGGGGAAGCAUCAUGUUAUGGAAACCUAGGUACUGUGUUUAAGUUGCUUGGCCAAUACGACAAGGCUGAAGAGUAUCUCCAAAAAGCGCUUGUCAUCAGAACUGAAAUUGGCGACAGACGAGGGGAAGCAUCAUGUUAUGGAAACCUGGGUACUGUGUUUCUGUCCGUUAGCCAAUACGACAAGGCUGAAGAGUAUCUCCAAAAAGCGCUUGUCAUCACAACUGAAAUUGGCGACAGACGAGGGGAAGCAUCAUGUUAUGGAAACCUAGGUACUGUGUUUCUGUCCGUUGGCCAAUACGACAAGGCUGAAGAGUAUCUCCAAAAAGCGCUUGUCAUCAGAACUGAAAUUGGCGACAGACGAGGGGAAGCAUCAUGUUAUGGAAACCUGGGUACUGUGUUUCUGUCCGUUAGCCAAUACGACAAGGCUGAAGAGUAUCUCCAAAAAGCGCUUGUCAUCACAACUGAAAUUGGCGACAGACGAGGGGAAGCAUCAUGUUAUGGAAACCUAGGUACUGUGUUUAAGUUGCUUGGCCAAUACGACAAGGCUGAAGAGUAUCUCCAAAAAGCGCUUGUCAUCAGAACUGAAAUUGGCGACAGACGAGGGGAAGCAUCAUGUUAUGGAAACCUAGGUACUGUGUUUAAGUCGCUUGGCCAAUACGACAAGGCUGAAGAGUAUCACCAAAAAGCGCUUGUCAUCACAACUGAAAUUGGCGACAGACGAGGGGAAGCAUCAUGUUAUGGAAACCUAGGUACUGUGUUAAAUUCGCUUGGCCAAUACGACAAGGCUGAAGAGUAUCUCCAAAAAGCGCUUGUCAUCACAACUGAAAUUGGCGACAGAGGAGGGGAAGCAUCAUGUUAUGGAAACCUAGGUACUGUGUUUAAGUCGCUUGGCCAAUACGACAAGGCUGAAGAGUAUCUCCAAAAAGCGCUUGUCAUCACAACUGAAAUUGGCGACAGAGAAGAGGAAGCAUCAUGUUAUGGAAACCUGGGUACUGUGUUUCUGUCCGUUAGCCAAUACGACAAGGCUGAAGAGUAUCUCCAAAAAGCGCUUGUCAUCAGAACUGAAAUUGGCGACAGACGAGGGGAAGCAUCAUGUUAUGGAAACCUAGGUACUGUGUUUAAGUCUCUUGGCCAAUACGACAAGGCUAAAGAGUAUCUCCAAAAAGCUCUUGCCAUCCAAACUAAAAUUGGUGAUAAGGGAGGGGAAGCAACAGUUCUUGGAAACCUUGGAAUUUUGUUGAGCAUUGUUGGUGAUUGUGAAGCUUCGGAAGUAUGCUUGGAGAAAGCUUUAUUCAUAUCCAGAGAUAUUGGAGAUGGAAGAAGAGAGUUCGAAACCCUCCGAGGUUACGCCGUUUUGUAUUUAUAUCAAUAUAAAAUCCAAGACUCCCUGUCGUGUCUUCAUCUGUGCAUUGAAAAGUAUGAGGAGCUGAGACAUUUCUUGAGCGCCAAUGAUCAGUUCAAAACAUCAUUUCUGGAGGACACAGGAAUAUUUCCCUACAAGCAGCUUUGUACUUUGCUUUGUGACACCGGAAAUGCUCGGGAUGCUCUUUAUGUUGAGGAGUUGGGUCGAGCUAGAGGCCUAUCAGACUUAAUGGCAGAGAAGUACUCGGUUGAAACGCACAUCUCUGCUUAUCGACAAUCUUGGUUUGGCAUUGAGGACAUUUUAAGAAAGAAAAGAAACUGUACUUGUCUGUACAUUUCUUAUUUUCAGAAUCGUCUGCAUUUGUGGAUCUUGAAAGCAAGUGGAGUCCUUCACUAUAGAAGAGUAUCACCAGAAGAGAAUCUAGUUCAGGCUGGGUUACCCAAAGAUUUGUCUUUGAGUCAAUUUUUGGAUUAUAAUUUCCGGAGUCUUGGUAUUUUGCCCACUAAAGAUUGUGAAGAUCGGUCUUUAAAAACGAUUAAAUUGCAACCUCUCUCCCCCGCGCAAAAGAGCUCAGUAAGAUUGCGACUCGUGGAGGAGGACGAGGACGAGGACGAGGACGAGAAAGUGAUUUCAAGUCUAUAUUUGUGUUACAAAAUGUUCAUUGCCCCCGUUUAUGAUUUGCUUGAUGAGCCUGAAGUCAUUAUUGUUCCUGACCGCAGGUUGUACAAAGUUCCCUUUGCUGCCCUGAGUGAAAAGGAGGGAGCCGAAUACUUGUCAGAGACUCAUAAGAUCCGUAUCAUUCCUUCGUUGACAACACUCAAGAACAUUCAAGAUAGUCCAGAGGACUAUCACAGCAACACUGGUGCCUUGGUAAUAGGCAAUCCCAAGGUUAAUUGGCUGCAACCAUUGCCAGCUGCAAGAAAGGAAGCGGAGAUGGUCGGACGACUGGUGGGUGUUCCGCCUCUAGUUGAAGAGAAAGCAACGAAGCAGGCGGUACUUGAGCGGAUAAGUUCAGUGAGCUUGAUACAUUUUGCUGCCCAUGGUAACGCGGAAAGAGGGGAAAUUGCACUCUCCCCCAUUCCUACUCCCACCGCUAUCCCACCGAAGGAAGCUUACAUGUUGACGAUGGCUGAUGUCUCACGAGUGAAAGUCAGAGCUAAACUGGUGGUACUUAGCUGCUGUCACAGUGGAAGUGGAGAGAUAAGAGCCGAGGGAGUUAUAGGAAUUGCCCGUGCGUUCUUAGGAUCCGGUGCUCGCUCGGUGUUGGUUGCGCUGUGGGCCAUUCCAGACUCAGCAACAGAGCAGCUGAUGAGUCGGUUCUACGAACACCUCAUUGAAGGUGGAAGUGCCAGUGAAUCCCUUCAUCAGGCCAUGAAGUGGAUGAGAAAAAACCCCUUGAACAAAAUCUCUGAGUGGGCUUCGUUUACGCUGAUUGGAGAUGAUGUGAGACUCGAGUUUGACAACCAGCGGCAAGACUCGGUGAGAACAGGUAUUUCAUAA